AUGGCUCUGCGUGCCAGAGAGAACUCAAUUGAAGGGAUGGUGUUGAUUCAUCCUGGAUUUUGGGGAUCAACAGUGGUGGGAUUGGAGAGUACUGAUCAGAAGUUGAGGGAUUUGAUGAAAUCAUUUUGGAGUUUAGUGUGCCCACACUCUAAAGGCGUCGAUGAUCCGUUUCUUAACCCUGUGGCAGAUGGUGCACCGAGCUUGUCUGGAUUGGCUUGCAAGCGUGUGCUUGUUUGUGUUGCAGAGAUGGACUUUCUCAAGGAAAGAGGGAGAGUUUAUUAUGAGAAGUUGAGGGAAAAUAUAGAUUGGAAUGGAGAAGUAGAGCUCUUUGAGACUCAAGGGGAGGAACAUGUGUUUCAUCUCUUGAAGCCUAAUUGUGAGAAUGCUUUCACUCUUAUGAAUCGUUUGGUCUCUUUCUUCAAUGUUUGCCUCAAUUAA